AUGGAUUCGACGGUCGAGAAGGGCAACGCCCAACACCUGGAGCACGCCUCCGACACAUCUGGAGAUCACAGCAAUGCGAAAGGCAUUGCAGUCGCGUAUGAGGAGGGCAAGGACGCCGGCCUAAGUGAGGCUCAUAUCUGCAGCGAGGAAGACAGCAAACGCAUCCUUCGAAAGACCGACAUUUACAUGCUCUCGCUGCUGUGCAUGGUCUACUUUCUUCAAUCAGCAGAUAAAGGUAUCAUCGGUCUGACAGCUGUCUACGGCCUGAAGAAAGAUGCCCAUCUCAAGGGCAACGACUACUCGAACAUCGGUAACAUCGGUUACUACGCACAGCUUGCAGUCCAGCCUCUAGCUGCAUGGGUCCUCGUAAAACUGCGAUACCGCCAGGUUCUGCCUGUCAUCAUUACAUGCUGGGGCAUUUCUGUGGCCGCUGGACUUGCUGGAUCGCGCAGCUACGGUGGUUUGAUGGCCUCUCGCUUCUUACUCGGAGCUUUUGAGGCUGCCGUAGUCCCUCUCUUCUCCAUGAUCACCAUUGCGUUCUACAGACGUUCUGAACAGCCUUUCCGUGUUGCAUGCUGGUACAGCUGCUACGGUUUGAGUACACUCAUCAGUGCACCUAUUGUCUACGGAUUUGGACGUAUCCACUCGUCCACGCUCUACCGCUACCAAGUCGUUUAUCUUUUCUUCGGUCUUCUGACUAUUGCCAUCGGCCUCAUCACUUACUGGUGGGCGCAUGACAGCCCUGGAGAAGCCCGCUUCCUGUCUGCCGAAGACCGCCUGAAGGCUGUUGACCGUCUGAAGGCCAACCAGCAGGGUAUCGUUUCGCAUAAGUUCAACUGGAAGCAAGUCGCCGAGGCCUUCACCGAGCUCAAGUACUGGCUCUUCAUGAUCAUGGUCAUCGCAGUCAACGCUGGCGCUUCCGUGUCAUCUGUCUUCGGUUCGAUUAUCCUCCAGAACUUGGCUGGUUUCACCCCCGACCAAGCUGUGCUGCUCAACAUGCCAUCCGGUGCAUUGCAAUUCGUUUCCAUUCUUGGAGCCUCUUAUCUGGCUUACCGCUUCAAGCGCAAGUCACCUUUCCUGCUUGGUCUUGUGACUAUCGUAAUUGUUGGAGUCGCCUUGAUGGUUGCACUUCCCAAGACCAAGGAGAACAAGGGCGGCCUCCUCGCAGGAUACUAUUUGAUCGCUUUCGUCUAUGCCAUCAACCCUCUACUCAUCUCUUGGAUGGGUGGUAACUGCGCUGGUCAGACCAAGAAGGCCAUCUACUACACUUCAUUCAACGCCGGAAACUCUGUUGGCAACAUCAUCACACCCUAUAUCUUCAACUCGAAGUUUGCGCCUCAAUACGUCAAUGCUCUCAAGGGUAUUCUUGUUAUCUGGAUCAUUCUUUGGUGUGUCGUUAUUGGUCAAAUCGCCAACAUCAUGUGGAUUCAGAAGAAGAAGGGCAACCAGCGUGAAGCUGCCGGUCUGCCCAGAAACUUCGAGGACUUCUCGAUGAGUUCAAAGUUCCACGAGGCUGGUGCUGAGAUCCAUGGCGAGAACGGUCUGCAGGACAUGACGGACAAGCAGAACCUUUACUUCCAAUACCUGCUGUAG